AUGGAGGAAAAGGCACAUGAACACACAGCAAGAUGGCAGCAUCCGCACGCUACGCAGAAAGCCCUCACCAAGAAUCAAACCUGCUGGUUCCUUGAUCUUGGACUUCCUGGCCCCCACAUCUCCUGCCAGGAUCCUCUGUCCAUGGAGUUUUCCAGAAAAGAUCACUGGAGUGGGGCACCAUCUCCUACUCCAGAGACUGAACCCGUGUCUCCUGUGUCUCCUGCACUGGUAAGCAGAUUCUUUACCACUGAGCCACCUGGGAAGCCUGUCACUUCAAAUAAGUAUAUAGAAAUAUCACAGGACCUAUGCUGCAGUGUUUUAGAGUAA